AUGGGGUCUGGAAUCGUGGGCAUCGACAAAUCUCGAGCUCACGAAGAUGGUGCUUUGAUCAAGAAGCAUGUAUUGCAGCGUCAAAAUCUCUACUACCAACGAGCAUUUCCAUCGUCGUCAGCCCCGAGGGAUACGACUGGAACAGACUUCGACUUCUGGAGAAUCGCUUGUCCAGAUUUGCAAUGGAUGACGCUCCGACAUGGUGAUAAAGCCAUCGUCGCACUUUCACGAGCUUUUGAACACAUCCGUCUGGAGCAGACCGAACUUGCCCGCCAAGACGCCAUGCAAACCAUAAGCAAUUCCUUGCGCGAUUUUGACUUCUUUGUCACCGACAUGGGCAACGCUGGUUCUGUACAUCGAGGCCUCGCGGACAUCGGAGACAGUAUUCUCAUUCUCGCCGGUGCACCAUCCCCUUUCUGUGCACGACGAGUUCCGACGAGCUCUCAGAAGCAAUUUGCCUUGAAGUCGGUAUGCCUCGUGGAUAGUCAACGCAGUCUGACUUGGUCUGCAACCGAGAAACACCAUGGCGCUAUCACGUAUACGCCGGCAGCUGUCUCCUCCAGCAUCGAGCUGCGACUAAUCUGCGUUGAGGCGAUUCGUGAGCUCAUACAAAAUCUGCCUUAUCUCGUGGCCAUACCCGAGCCUGCUUAG